GUCUACAGUGAGAUUCCACCAUUCCGUUUAUACAAUAACCUAAAAGGGACUUUAGAAUACAGAAAUUAUUUGAAAAAUGAGAGAGUGCAUCAAUAUUCAUUUAGGACAAGCAGGAUGUCAGAUGGGAAACUCGUGUUGGGAGUUGUACUGUUUAGAGCAUGGAAUACAUCCCGAUGGACAGAUGCCUUCUGAUAAAACUAUUGGAGGUGGAGAUGAUUCCUUCAACACUUUCUUCAGUGAAACCCAGAAUGGCAAACAUGUUCCAAGAGCUAUUUUCUGUGAUCUGGAACCAACUGUAGUAGAUGAAAUUCGAACUGGAACUUACCGACGUCUGUUUCAUCCAGAACAACUCAUCACUGGUAAAGAAGAUGCUGCUAAUAACUAUGCCAGAGGUCAUUAUACUGUUGGUAAAGAAAUUAUUGAUGUGGUAUUGGAGAAGAUCAGGAAGUUAGCAGAUCAAUGCACUGGUCUUCAAGGAUUUCUAAUUUUCCAUAGUUUUGGUGGAGGUACCGGAUCUGGUUUUACCUCUCUUUUACUAGAGAGGCUAAGUGUUGAUUAUGGCAAGAAAUCUAAACUGGAAUUCUCCAUCUAUCCUUCACCGCUAAUUUCAACAGCAGUGGUUGAACCUUACAACUCCAUCCUGGCUACACAUACAACCUUGGAGCACUCAGAUGUAGCAUUUAUGGUUGAUAACGAAGCCAUCUAUGAUCUCUGCAAACGCAAUUUAGAUAUUGGACGACCGACCUACACCAAUCUUAAUCGAUUGAUAGGUCAAAUUGUCAGUUCUAUAACAGCUUCUUUGAGAUUUGACGGUGCUUUAAAUGUUGAUCUAACUGAGUUUCAGACAAAUUUGGUACCUUAUCCACGCAUUCACUUUCCAUUAGCUACCUAUGCACCAAUUAUCUCUGCUGAAAAGGCACACCACGAACAACAUUCAGUUGCUGAUCUAACUAGUGCCUGUUUUGACCCUGCCAAUCAGAUGGUCAAAUGUGAUCCAAGAAAGGGAAAAUACAUGGCGUGCUGUUUAUUGUAUCGUGGAGAUAUUGUUCCAAAGGAUAUCAAUGCUGCUAUUGGUGCCAUAAAAACGAAGAAGACUAUCCAAUUCGUAGAUUGGUGUCCAACUGGAUUUAAAGUUGGUAUUAACUAUCAACCACCAACAAUAGUACCUGGAGGAGAUCUUGCCAAAGUAACUAGAGCAGUUUGUAUGUUGAGCAAUACCACAGCUGUAGCCGAAGCUUGGGCUCGCCUUGAUCAUAAAUUUGAUUUGAUGUACGCCAAAAGAGCUUUUGUACAUUGGUAUGUUGGUGAAGGUAUGGAAGAAGGUGAAUUCUCUGAAGCUAGAGAAGAUUUAGCUGCUCUAGAGAAAGAUUAUGAAGAAGUCGGUGCUGAUGAUUUUGAUGAUGAAGAUGGGGGAGAAAAAGAGGAAGGAAAAGAUUUUUAAACCUCACAGUGAAAGGAGUGGCGGCCUCUACCCUUGCUUAUAACUAUUUCCGAGCUUCUCUUACAUCAAUGCGGGCAUUAGGUGGGUGGGGAGUGAAGCAAAAAAAAAACAGUAAUAAUUUUAUUUUGGAGGCCUCUUUUGUGUAUUUAAGGACACGCUUUAAUUGUCAGAGAUUUACAUGACAUGAAAUUUAUUACUUUAUAAAAACUAACGAAAUAAGGAACUUGCUUGUCUAGUUAUAUCAUUUAUGCCUUCCAUGUAAAUUAAAUGUGCUUCCAGUUACUGUGUUAAUGCUAACAUGAUGGUUUAGGCAAGAGAUACACAAUUCAGUAAAUUGGUACGUAGAUUAAUGCAGAUGUAUAGCGUAAAGUAAACCUACCGACUGUGGAGAUUUUGUCUUCCGCGUGUAAUUUUGUCUUCUGACCUUUUUAAUAUAUUUCCACUAUUUUUUAAUUUAACUCAUUUACUUUUCCUUUAUCUCCUUCAGUAAGGCAAUGUGAUUUAUGUAGAGCCUAAUGAAUGAAUGUUAUAAAGUUUUUGUAAUAAAAAUGUUACACAU